AUGGCCACCACCAAGUCCGGCCAGCCCUUCGACCGCGCCGUCUGCGAGAGCCUGCUGCGAAGACGCCUGUUCUACACCCCUUCGUUCGAGAUCUAUGGCGGGGUAUCUGGUCUCUAUGACUACGGCCCGCCGGGCUGCGCUCUGCAGGCGAACGUCGUCGACCUGUGGAGGAAGCACUUCGUCCUGGAGGAGGACAUGCUGGAGGUAGACACCUCGAUGCUCACCCCGCAUGAAGUGCUCAAGACCAGCGGACAUGUCGACAAGUUCGCCGACUGGAUGUGCAAGGACCCCAAGACCGGAGAGAUCUUCCGCGCAGACCAUCUGGUGGAGGAAGUCCUGGAGUCGCGGCUGAAGGGCGACAAGGAGGCUCGCGGCCAGAAAGUAGUGGUCGACGAGGAGAAGGACGCAAAGCGGAAGAAGAAGGUCAAGGAGACCAAGGUUGUCAAGCUGGACGACGCCGUCGUGGCCGAGUACGAAGAAGUGCUGGCUCAGAUUGACAACUACGAUGGCCCAGAGCUCGGUGCUCUCAUCGUCAAGUACGAUAUCAAGAACCCUACCACCAAUGGCGAGCUGCUGCCCCCAGUCUCGUUCAAUCUCAUGUUCCAGACGGCCAUUGGCCCCAGCAGCAAUCUUCCCGGCUAUCUUCGACCUGAGACCGCCCAGGGACAGUUCCUUAACUUCCAGAAGCUCCUCGAGUUCAACCAGCAGUCUAUGCCCUUUGCGUCUGCCUGCAUUGGCAAGUCCUUCCGCAACGAAAUAUCCCCGCGAUCUGGCCUCUUGCGUGUGCGUGAAUUCUUGAUGGCGGAGAUUGAACAUUUCGUCGACCCUGAAGGCGGGAAGAAACACCCUCGCUUCCAUGAAGUGCAGGACGUGGAGCUGGAAUUCUUGAACCGGGAAGUUCAACUCUCCGGCAGCACGGCUACAACUAGAAUGAGCAUCGGAAAGGCUGUCUCUACCGGUCUAGUGGACAACGAGACCUUGGGCUACUUCCUUGCCCGUAUCUACUUGUUCCUUAAGAAGAUCGGUAUCGAUGAGUCCAAGAUCCGACUGCGUCAGCACAUGCAGAAUGAAAUGGCUCAUUACGCAACCGACUGCUGGGAUGCCGAGUUGUUCACCAGCUACGGCUGGAUCGAGUGUGUUGGCUGUGCUGACCGAAGUGCCUACGAUUUGAGUGUUCAUAAAAAGAAGACUGGUGCACCACUCGUUGUCAGACAGACCAGAGCCGAGCCCCUUCGAAUUGAGGAGUGGCAGGUCGACAUUGACAAGAAGAAGUUUGGACCUCGCUUCAAGAAGGAUAGCAAGACUGUCGAAAACGCAAUUGAGGCCUUGACUCAGGAUAUGCGAGAGAAACUUUCACUAGACCUUGAAAAGAAUGGCAAGAUAGAGAUUGAGGUAGACGGAGUUGGUGAGGGCAAAGUUGAGAUUGGCAAGGACCUUGUUCAGAUCGAGAAGCGGAUGAGAGUAGAAAAUGUCCGCGAAUACACUCCCAACGUUAUCGAACCGUCGUUCGGAAUUGGUAGAAUCCUUUACUGUUUGAUGGAGCAUGCUUACUGGUCUAGACCAGAUGAUGAGGCUCGUGGUGUCCUUUCUUUCCCACCUGCAGUGGCCCCUACUAAGGUCCUGCUGGUCCCUCUCUCCACUCAUGCAUCUUUCCAGCCACUUAUCCAACGCCUAACUCUCAAGCUGCGUCGUCUCGGUGUCUCCAACCGUGUGGACGACUCGUCCGCGAGUAUCGGUAAACGGUACUCGAGAAACGACGAGCUCGGAACUCCCUUCGGUAUCACCGCCGAUUUCCAGUCCGUGAAGGACAACACCUUCACUCUCCGUGACCGAGACACCACAAAACAGGUCCGCGCCAGUGAAGAUGAAAUAUGUAACGCCGUCAAGAGCCUGGUCGACGGCGAAGAGACCUGGGAGGAUGUCUUGAAGCGGCUGCCGGAGUUUACCGGCCAGGAAGUCGAGCCUGUCCCCCAAGGAGAUCAAAACAACUCCUUUAAUUUAUUCUCCAGGCACGAAGAUGCAGGAUUGAACAUCGAACGACCAAGUUCUGCGCUCUGGCAUGGUAUAAUGGCACCGAAGAUAUCUUCGUCCAAGAUAACGCUUUCAUGCCCGCUUUUUGCGGCUGAUUUCGACCCUCACAACCAUGGCUUUCUGCUGGUAGGAGGGGGCGGUGGUGAAGGACGCAGUGGCGUUGGCAACAAGAUUUCCCUUCUCGAUACGUCUCGGCGCGACGCUAUAUCGGAGGUAGUCGACAUCGAGCUCUCCCGGGAUGAAGAUUCGGUCACAUCUCUAGGUAUUUUACAAUGCAGCGAUCAAGACGUCGUGGCGCUGGCCGGAAUAAACAGCUCGCAGGCGGAACAAAAACGAGACAACAAUAAACACCUACGCUCCUUCGAAAUCACAUACCCUCCAAGACGAAAGGCUAUUACAGAUUUAAAGAACGGGGACUACGGUGGCGAUGAUGGAGCGCAAGUCAAUGUUGGCGAGCCGAAGACAAGAGCUCUAUCUCAGGUCUCGUUAUUCAGGAAACAAGAAUCAAAAUCGACCGAGGGAGAAGCAUAUCAGCGCAUAUUACGACUUUCUCCCUGGAAAGGCGAAGACGCAAAGCGCAUUGGUGCAAUCGCAACUGGCCUUGCUCCCCGAGGAGAACUUGUGUUCUUUGAAGCGGACGCACAAUCUGUAUCCGCACCAAAUGUUUUAGGACGUAUCAUACUGGGACCACAAGAAGAGGUGGAGGACGUGGAUAUCAUAGACACAAGCGAGGACGGGACCUUCAAGUUCGCAUAUACGGAUGGAAAGGAGGUCUACCUUGCGAAUAUAUCGAUGUCCUCGAAAUCCAACUUGCAUGUAAACUCUAUAUAUAAGGUCGGCAGAGGACCGAAAAGCAGCAAAAUCAGAGCUUUGCGCUUUAUCUCUCCAAACACCCUUCUCCUGCUGCAGAACUACCCUGGCCGCACCGGAUGCGAGCUAGUGGUUAUAUCACUCUCCGCUCAAAUGUCUAAAUGGAUGGUUUCCCGGAGACGAGGUCUCCAUAGGUCGAUGAAGAUUGGUCUAGGCUUGGAUGUUUGUCGACUAUCCGAGUCGUCUUCUGGAGAAAGGCAGUGCAUCAUUGCCGUAUCAGGCAGUGAUAUGUCAAUCGAAGUUCUGACACUCGAAUCUGCUUCCAAGGGCCAAAUUGGAAAACUACAACACUAUACCACUUUCACAGAUGUCCACCCGUUUUCAAUGACAAGAAUAGCGUUCUCGACCUUUAUUUCUCCAGCUUUACCUGUCACCUCGGAUGUACGGCCCCAGUUUGUAAAGCUGGCUUCUGUCAGUGUGGGGAAUACAGUUAUAGUUCACACCUUCCCCCUAUCUCCAUAUCCUACUACUUCAAAACACCCACGGUACGUUCUGGUGAUGCCCGGCCUCUCGGAACUUGCCAAUACUAUAUUCAGCUCUCUCGUUGCCAUACUUGUUGUCGCGCUGGGUGCUUUCUUCCUGCAAGCCUUCACGGAGAUCCGAGGCGGUGUUCCCCCUACUCUAGGAGCUACGAACUGGCUUAGUCCGCGUCUCCGGGAAAUGCUUGCACGACCAUACAUGUUCGAAAACGGCCACCCAAAUGCUCAAACGACUAUCCCAUCAUUAAAAGACAUCCCUCAAGUCAAGACAUCCCAACCGCUCCGAGACUUGGUAUCUUCACUCUCACAGGCUCAGAAGGGCGACUCCUCGCCUACUUCCGACCAGCCGCCGGAAGCCAUCGUUGUCCAUGACCUUGGUACCGAGAUAUCAGCCAAGUCCACUGUUCUGUCAGACGAUGGGGAAAAGCACGGAGUAGACCACUCAAAGACCAAGAAGUGGGAAGAUCUGACUGAUGAACAGCGCAAGAUAUGGAAGAAAAAGCUGGCUGAUGCGGGCCACUGGGCAUUGGACGAAGGCGAAGUGCUACUCCGUGGCGUGCUGUUUGGCGAAUUGGCUGGAUUUGUUGGUCAGAUUAUGGCUUAA